CCGACGUGAGAGUGGAAGCGGGGGGCAGACAGCCCACCCACUCAUCACUCAGCGCCGCGACCACCGACACCCCCUUGUGCCGCCUUUAGUGAGGGGAAGCCCCUACCACGCUUGACUCGCUGAGUGGAUCUCCUGCGUCGUGCGCGUGCGUGCGUGCGUGUAGCCCGGGGCUCCGUCCUCCUCAACAGUUGCCACCGGAGAGGAGGAGGAAGAGGAGCAGUGUGGGAGAGACAAGCAGACUGAGGACGGAAGGGACGCGGAGAGCCACGCAGCUCCUGCCCCGGCUUCUGCUCCUGACAUGCAGUCGCUCAUCUCUCCGGUGACCAAGGCCAUCCUAGUCGCACUCUUCAUCUUCGCCAUACUCCUCAUCCUCUACGUGAUCCUCUGGUACAUUUGCAGGGACGUGGACUGCGACCACGGCAUCUGAGGAUUCCUUUCAUUUUCAAAGCAAAACCAGAAGAAUAAGGAGGAGGGAUUCUCACAAAUGGAGGAGCGCGGGGUCACCGUCGAUGCCCCGACAAGAUGGCAAGGUUGCCAUAGUGACGGGAGGAGGCAGGGGAAUCGGCUAUGAGGUCGCCCGCCACAUGGCCAAACUGGGGGCACGCGUUAUCAUAGGUUGUCGGGACGAACAACAGGGUCUGGCAGCCGUCGGAAAGAUCCACGAAGAGUACAACGCGGCUAAAGUGGAGUUCAAAAAACUGGACCUAGCGUCUCUGCAGUCUGUCCGUCAAUUCGUCCAGAGCUUCAAGGAGCGUGACUUACCACUCAAUAUCUUGGUCAAUAAUGCGGGUGUCAUGCUAGUUCCUGAGGCUUGUACCGAGAAUGGAUUUGAACUGCACUUUGGCGUGAACUAUCUGGGCCACUUCCUGUUAACCUGCCUGCUCCUGGACACAUUGAAGCUCAGCGGCAAAUCUGGCAACUUCUCACGGGUGGUCAACGUCUCCUCCUCUGCGCACCGCAACGGCGAGAUCCGACUCAAUGACUUGAAUUGCAGACAGCGCUAUUCAGCCCACGCGGCUUAUUGUCACAGUAAGCUGGCGCAGCUCAUAUUUAGCUCCCACCUCCACCGGGAGCUGGAGCAGGGAGGUUUUCCCGUGAGCUCCUGCGCUGUGGAUCCUGGCAUGGUGGAUACGUCUCUCUACCGCCACCUCUGGACGCCCCUGCGCCUGGCACACGGCCUUGUGUCCCGCUUGCUUUUCAGGACUCCUACAGAGGGUGCUGCCACAGUCUUGUACGCUGCUCUGUCACCAACACUGGAGGGCAAGUGCGGAGGAGGCUACUGGGCCAACGGACGCAGGGACGCGACAACGCCGCUGACGUUUGACCCUGAGGUUCAGCAGCUCCUGUGGGAAACCAGCCAGAGGCUUCUGGUUCCACAGUAACUCCAAUUGCAUUGUGCCAAUCAGCUUCUUUAUCUUUAAUUGUUGCCAUUUCUGUUGACAAUCUCACAAUCCACCCCCUGGGACCGGAGACUAUGAUUGGCUGGCCACAUUUUUUUCUUCGCUCCCGCCAAAGAAGGGCUACAGUGAACGGACGACUUUUUUCCCCAUUGUGAGCUAGCAAACAGUGCACAUCCAUUCUAGGCCAUCUUCGUCAGUCCACGGUGGGCACGCUACGACACCUGCCUUAACAGCGCUCUCCUGGUCAAUGAGGAGGUUGAUGAACUUGACCCAACACUUUUGCAUCUCAACAAUGUGAUCUGGAACAAAAACAACAAAAACCAAAAAAAAAAAAAAACAACCCAACCAGCUUAUAGAAAGUAGAUUUUGGCACACGGUUCUUUAAUGUCAGUCAAAGUGUAGCGCACGUUCUGGAUUUUUCCGAAGCGCCCUUGCGUUGGAGGCGCCAAGUGAUGUCAUCGCUGAGUUUUAACACAUCAGUGAUUCUUGGGUCAUUCUGUGAUGAGGCCCAUUUUUCUGGCAGCACUUUGCUUAUUAGUGCAUUUCUUGUCUUGAAAUAACCGCUUCUGAGUCUUCACGUUGUCCUCUUCUAGUCAUGUGAUUUGCUGUGUU